AUGGAUCCCAUCAGCGCACUCUCCAUCGCGACGUCUGUUGUCACAUUCAUUGACUUUACUGUCAAAGUUGUACUCCUUGGCCACGAAAUUUACCAGGAAGGUACCACUGUCGGCGUUUCAGAGAUCGAGCACCGAGCACAGGAGCUCAAAUCCUGGGUCAAUGGCUUGCGUGCACCAAUCAGCGGUCGUAAGGACUCACUCAAGGAUGAAUAUGAGGCCUUUGACCGCAUCAUUGCAGGCUGCGCUGAAGUUGGAACGGAAAUCAUCAAAUAUCUGGAAGACCUUAUCCCAAAAGCGAACAAACGAUCCGUAUGGAAAAGUGUCAACAUUGCGCUUCGGACUAUUCUGAAGAAAGAGCAAAUCGAAGGGCUUGUCAGCAGGCUUGAAGGCUAUCAGCAGGACCUCUCGUUACGCCUCCUUGCCCUGCUCAACGCGAAGACGGAUUUAUACUCUUCAGAAGUAACUCAGCGCCUUAACAAUCUGGAGACGGCAAGUAAUCGCAUUGUGCAGAUUUUGACGUUUACACAAAGUUCUUCAGAAUCAUCGGCGUCACCUCGCGAUCUUACGGGGAAUCCCGAAAGCAAGAGCGAAAAUACUAGAAGAGAGAAAGUGCUCCGCGUCAUUCUGGGGCUUGAAGAUGGCACCACACUUUCAGUCGCUGACCAGAACUUCGCAAUUGCCGGCCAAGAAGACUCGGCUCCUGGCAACUCAAUUGAGCGUGUAAUCACGUUCAGAGAUCAGUCCAACACAGGGCUUGUGGAAACGGUCUCCAACGAGCGAUUCUCGCCGCUUUCGACCAACGUUUUGGCCGCGCUACAAUAUCGUGGGCUACAAAGCAGAUUCAGCGAUACAGCGAUAGCCCAUCAUGAGACAUAUGAAUGGAUCUUCAAAGCACCCGAGGAAGACCGUCGUUGGUCAAAUUUCGCGGAAUGGCUCCGUAGUGGGAACAGUCUAUACUGGAUUUCAGGAAAGGCCGGAAGCGGCAAGUCUACGUUGAUGAAGUAUAUCUGCUCAAACUCUGAGACUACUCAGCUCCUUGAUUUGUGGAGAGAUGGCUCUACGUUGCUCCAGGCCAGAUUCUUCUUCUGGGCGGCCGGUCAUACCCUGCAAUCAUCUCACGAGGGUCUAUUACGAGGCCUUCUGUACACGCUACUUGCGCAAUGCCCACGGCUCAUACCUUCAGUCUUUCCCGAAAUUUGCACCGAGAUCGUUGCAGGACGCAAGUUGGAUCUCACUUGGACGCUUCCAGAGCUUGUUCAAGCUCUUAAUUUGCUUGUCGAAAACUCCAAAGGCCUCAAAAUUUGCCUUUUCAUCGAUGGACUGGACGAGUACGCUGGAGAUCACGGUGAACUUAUUCGCAUUUUCGAAACAUUGUCUUCUUACGACAACUUGAAGCUGGUACUGUCUAGCCGACCAUUGGUAGCGUUCAACGACGCCUUCGAAAACAUGCCUCAGCUUCGGCUACAAGACCUGACGUAUCGAGACAUGAUGAAGUUUGUCUCUGAUAGGCUGGAUCACUCUCGGGGGUUAAGAGAAAUGGAAGAGCUAGAUCCAAAGCUUCGUUCAACCUUGGUGUGCGGCCUAUGCGACAUGUCAGCCGGCGUUUUUCUCUGGGUGGUGUUAGCGCUUCGUUCGAUUCUAGAAGGACUACAAAAUGGUGAGACGGCAUCUAGUUUGCAACUCAAACUCGACGCGCUCCCGCCGGAUCUUCACGGAAUGUACAAGCACAUGUUCAGAUCGCUAGAUCCAGCAACUCAAACGGGUACGGCUCGAAUGAUCCUCCUAAUGCUGAGAAGCAAGGACGUGGCAAAUUCCGAGCCGAUAAGCCCUCUUCAACUGGCUCUGGCUGACAACGACGACGCGACAGUUGAAAAAGCUAUCACCGAGGAGGUGCGGACCAUGCCGUCAAACAAGCGACGAUCGCUAUGCUUACGGAUGAAAAGAAGGAUCGAUGGGCAUACGAAGGGUCUACUUGAAGUCAGAGGCCAAGACAAUGUUGUUGAACAAGGCUUGUCUUCUAUUGAUGAAUGGGUCGAGUUCUACCAUAAGACUGCGAUCGAUUUCUUCCGCUCUGAUGAAAUAUGGGACCUACUGAAGACUCAAGCUGGCUCUCAUUUCAACGUCGACCAAACUCUACUCGUUUCAAGUCUUCUCGAGAUGAAGGCAUUGCCUUCGGAAAGUACACUUGUAACAGAAACUAACCGUUCUCUUGCGAACAUGCGGCAAGGACUUAGGUUUGUCGGGUUCCUGGAAGGAUGUAACCUUCGUCCCCAUACGGAGUUAUUAGACGAUAUGGAGAAGACAAUGAGGCUACACUGGGCAAAGACGACGAUGUACAAGGAGCGCGCGAAAUCCCGUGAACAGGUCACGGAGAACAUGACAUUCGAAGAAUUCGUCGAAUUGCAGGCUAGACGCCCCACCAAUGACCACGAGGAGCGCGCGGUACGCCGUAAACAGACACACCCGGGGAACAUGCCAUUCGAACUAUCCCGAUUUGAGAGUGGAGUCUCGUCCUCUCGCCGCAAAGGGCAGCCUGCCUUCUUAACUCUUGCUAUGAUCCAUGGAUGCUACAUUUAUGUUGCCGACAAAGUCCUGUGGGACGACUCCGUCACCACCGAACAACGAACUUUGCUGACGAGCUCACUUCUAUGCUGGUGCCUCGAAGAUUUGAAGCGAAAGGACGGAUUAGCCAGGAAUGCCGUCACCGCUACUCUCCAGAUUCUCGAUAUGGCUGCCGAAGCAUCUAUAAACAUGGAUAUACGUACUUGCUGGAACAAACUCACCGUGGAGCUGCGGUCAGCCAUGCGCAGCUCAGUAUUACGAUCUGAUUUCGCCAACAAUACGAUGGAUCUGUGUCUUGCUUUCCUCAAUAAUCGCGAGCUCCGCCUAGAUGCGGAAGUGACUGGUCCGGGGGUCCGAAGGUUGCUCCGAGAAUUUCAAUCUGAAGUCAUGGCCGCAAAUCCUUUGGGCGCAAAGAACGAUAGCACCCAGCAAGAUCUAGAUGAGUUCAACACGAAGUACGACAAGGUUCAGACUAUACUCGCAACGGGGUGGAAAGAGAAAAGCAACGGGGCUCAGAGGAAGCAAAACAGCGAAGGUUGGAAGUGGCCUGGAUUCGUGUUCAUGAUUCUUAUAACACUCUCUUCUUUACAUUUCCUAAGUUACGGCAUGUUGUUUAGUUCGCUCGGUGGCCUAGAUAGAACACGAGACCUCUAG